AAAAGAAAACUAAAUAAAUAAACGUGGAAAUAAAAUCAAAAAAAUAAAUAAUACAAAAUGCAGUUCAACAAUCGUGCUAUUUUGAAAAUUAUCGAAUUGGUAAUUGCCGUCGUUUGCAUUGUUCUCUGGGAGACAAGUGGUAAUUUCUCCAGCAAUGCAUUGAUUGUGUGCGGUACCAUGGGUGGUUAUGCUGUAAUCUGUGCUGUCAUUUUGAUUGGUCAUGUCAUUAACUCAGUGGUUGAGAAACGUCUGAACGGUUUGUUCUCCAUCAUUGGCUGUGUCCUGUUUGUCAUCUCUGGCGCCCUGAUCAUUGAUCAAUGGCACGAUAGAUCCGAUCUCUUGUUCAAGGAAAGCAAACGUAAUGCCUUGGCUGCCGGUUCAUUGAUGAUCAUCAAUGGUGCUGUCUUCUUGAUGGAUACCAUUUCCAUUUUCAGAACGUAAAUUUGUUUUUUUUUUCUGAAUAUAUAUUUGCUU